GCCCAGCCGCCAUCCAAGGAGCUAGAACACCGCCUUGCUUCCGUCCAAGGUUUUGCCCUGAAGUCAAGCUCCUCAGCCUCGACCAUCCCUGCUUUUCAGCCUGGCAAGCUGUGAGCCUUUCACAUCCUCAUCCAUCCUUCUGACAUGGCUCCUCCGUCUUUCCAGUACCGUAUCGGGCAGGCCUAUGCUGCGGAUACCUGCAGUAGCACCCCAAUGUGCUCACUCACCUGUACCACCAACCUUGGGUAGUAGGUGGAAGAAGCUCGCACCGCUCCGCAGCUCCUGCACAUCUUGUACCACUGCGUGAUAAGGCCGUGGCCGCCCGUUCUUCUUGCCUUGCCCUUAAGGUGAGUUCUUCCUAUUACCGUGUAGCUAUCGUCGCUGGUUCUUUGCGAGUCACCUGAGCUCUCUCGAGCUGUCCGCUAUGUUGCUCACUUCGCUACUUGCCGUCGCUACGCUCCUCAGGUCAUCCCACUCGUGCGACGACCAUGACUGGACAUCCCCGGUUCUUGGAGGCUACGUCGACCACAGCUUGAUGAGAAAACACGACCUAGCCAAGCGGAUCCAGCCUGCUGCACUUCCCACGCCGCCGCAACAGAUCAAAGACUUGCAUUGGGGUCAGAUCAAUUUCCUUCACACCACAGAUACUCAUGGCUGGCUCGCGGGCCAUCUGCUGGAUGACAAUUACAGUGCCGACUAUGGCGACUUUGCCGACUUUGUGCAGAAGAUGAAGGCCAAGGCGGAUGUGCUGGGUGUCGACCUCCUACUCAUCGAUUCGGGGGAUUUACACGACGGGACCGGGUUUGGAGACGCGACGACGCCCAAUGGAAAGCUCACGCUGCCUAUUUUCAAGAAGCUCCCCUACGAUUUGCUGUCGAUUGGUAACCAUGAGCUCUAUACGACGGAGAUUGCCAACGACACAUAUCGCAACUUUGCUCCGUACUGGGGCGGCCGCUACAUCACCUCCAACGUCGAGUUCAAUCUCACGGGAACUCCCACUCCCUUCUCCAACCGCUAUGCAUAUUGGGAGACCAAAAUGGGCAUCCGCAUCAUGUCCUUUGCCUUUAUUUUCAAUUUCACCGGCAACAGUAAUGCAACUGUGGUGACUCCGGUUGGUGACGCCGUCAAACAAUCUUGGUUCCAGCAACAGGUCAAGAGGACCGAUGUCGACAUGUUUCUGGUCGCGGGACACAUCACUCUUCGAGACUCUACGGAAUGGGGUCUUAUCUAUGCGGCCAUCCGCCAGCAUCAUCCUACCACGCCCAUCCAGAUCUUUGGGGGUCAUCGACAUGUGCGGGACGCCGUUGUCUUUGAUGCGUCGGCCGUGGGCAUUGCUUCGGGAAGAUAUUGCGAGACGGUGGGGUGGGUGUCUGUCAACGGCUUGCCCAGCCGUGUCACCAAAGCCAAGUCGCCGAUGGGAAAUGCUACGAGAAUCACCCAGAAACCCUCGGCCGUUCCUGGCGUUAAGCCCAACCCCAACUCGACCUUGUCCUACUCGAGACAAUAUCUUGACUUCAACCGAUAUAGUUUUGAAUUUCACACCAACACCAAUGAGCAGACAUUUAACUCUAGCUUGGGUGUGACGAUCAGCAAGAACAUCACCACGGAGGUGAACAGUCUCCCACAGCUGACCAACAAGCUCGGCUGCUGCCCGGACAACUACUACCUUGACCGGGUUCCCAUCAGCUCGAACCAGAGUCUGUUCAACUAUCUUACGACUGUUGUCUUUCCUGCGGUCGUAGUCGCUCCAAACCGUACCAACGUGCCACGCAUCAUCCUGACCAACACUGGCGGGUUCCGGUACGAUCUCCUGAAGGGACCUUUUACGAUCGACAAUGCAUAUCAAACGAACCCCUACACCAACUAUUGGCUCCGAAUGACAGCUCCCUGGUCCUCGGCCAAGAACCUGCUGUCGAACAUGCAGACGGAUAAAGUCUACAAGCGUGCCCCUCUCCCCGUCAACGCAACCACUCUGGUCAAGACACCAGGCUAUGUGACCAAGGACGACCUCGGCGCCGACGGGGACAACAUCGUCCACAUCAACCAGGGCUACUCCUCGGCCCCACAUUACGUGCAAGCCAACGUCAGCGUCGGAACCAACACGUCGGAUUCGACCCUGGUCGAUGUCUACGUGACGAGUUUUUUCUCGGCGGCGGCGGGCAAGUACUUGAGCGGCAACACCAGUGACUGGGUCAGUACGGAUGGGAACUUUUCGAGCUUUGACACGCUGCCGCGCAUGGCCCAGCUACAUUGGAGCAAAGACUGUUGAGCGUAUCGCUGUGGACGGCGAGCGAGGACGGAAGUAAUGUCACCCCUUAAUUAGUAGUCUGUGGCCCCGUAUGUAAUGCUCUAGUAGAGGAUAGAAAGAACCAAAUCGAUAGGCAAGGUGCCAUACAUGUUGUAAAGCUCCGUCCAUCGAUUGUAUCAGUGCGAGACUAGCCCCUGAGACCAGUUGAGAUGAUGAGCAGAGCCAGGCUGAGAGGGCGCGUCAGAGGACGAAAAGGUAGAGACCGAGAAAGAGAAAUCAAGAUCAUCAAUAAAUCAAUCCGCUGAGGACAAGCAACUCGUAAGGGUUAGUAAGGGUAAGGUAUCUAUGUAAAUAAAGCAUGUAAGAACGCACAGA